AUGAAUGAAGGCACCGUUGAUAUCCAAAGUGAAUUGGAGAAAUUAAGACGUCCGUCGUACAGGCCACCUCCAGACAAUGAAGAGAUUAAAGAAACGAAGACUGCACCAAGUCAGGAGACUGAUGAUCCACAGAAGUACCGGCUGAUACUAGAGCCAGCCCUCGUGGGCGCUAUGAUUGCGAUCAAUCUAGGUCAGACCUCGCUACAGAACUUUUAUUUGCAAACAGCCUGUACAGUCGACCUAGGGGUGGAUUUAGAAGUUUGUUUAAAAGGAGAUAUGGAGGCGGAGAGUCAAGUAAUAGUAUCAGGAGUGAACGUCAGUAGAAGUUUCAUUGGAUCUCUAAUAUCUACAAUAAUCCUGCUGUUUGUUGGUCCAUGGAGUGAUUGUAGUGGGCGUCGGAAACCAUUGCUUAUACUACCAUUAAUCGGCAUGAGUGUGAUGACCACUGGUGUUAUACUGAUGCUGAUAUUCCCGGGAGCAUCUACGGUCCAAGUCUUGUAUGCUGUACAACUACCUAUAUCGCUAGGAGGGAAUUUUGGAUUACUACUGGCAGCCGCUUUCAGUCAUAUUGGUGACUUAUGCUUCGCAACUGGUCGUGACGUCACCCGGACUAUGGGUACCCAUCGAGCUGCUGUGCAGAUAGCCCAUGUAUUGGGUGCAGUGGGAGGGCCCCUACUAUACCGCACGUUUGGAUUCUUCGGUGUGUUUCCACUUGUUUUAUUUCUACAGGUAUCAUCCCUAAUAUACGUGAUAGUAGCAGUGAAAGAUGUCAAUGUGAACAGAGACAAUAAAGUGUCUGUCUGUAAUUGGAAGCUACCGUUCAAUGCAGUGUACUGUCUGGUGAAGCCUAGAGAGGGACGCAAGAGAACUAUUAUAUUCCUCAUGCUGGUGGUCACGCUUGGAGACAGGAUGCUGUUAUCUGCGGAGGUGUUAAUCGCCUACAUGUACUACCGGUAUAAGUUCCACUGGACUGACGUCAUGUUCGGGUCCUACCUCGCAUUCAAGAACAUUGUUAGUUUCAUUGGUACAUUGUUAAUUCUGUCAAUACUAAAGCGUCGGUUACGACUAUCUGACGAGACGGUGGGCAUGUUGAGCUGUGCCUCGUACAUCCUUGCUACCUCGGGCCUUAUUGCAGCCACCAUGACGUGGUGUGUUUUCAUGUUGCCCUUGGUUGGUAUUAUUGCACAAGGCUCGCAGGUGGUACAAAGACCUCUACUGAAUAAGCAGAUAUUACCGACAGAACAAGGUAAAAUUUACAGCGUGAUGGGCUCUUUAGAAUCGGCUAUGCAGACGAUGUCUUCACCUUUAUACUCUUUGCUUUACACAAAGACCGUUGCAACUAUGCCAGAUGCAUGGCUACUGCCAGGCAUAGGACUAGCAUUUAUCCAACUAUUUUCAUAUUUAAUAUCAAGGAAAUUACGGCAAUCACAAGACUUAAAAACAAAUCCAACAGAUCUCGCUGAAACUGGGAAGACUCCAGAAGCUAAAAUACCAUUGCGAACUAAGGAGGUUAAGUAG